ACCUUCGAAUUCCAUCACCGAGGAAAAGAGUUCUUUUUCCCCCUUAAAAAAAUGGCGUAUUCGGGUGUUCUGAAAACCCUAAUCAGAUCAUCGUAUUUGGGAUCUACGACUCGCAAUUUCAGCCUUGUUAGCACCCAAGUUAGCAAUCACACUGCGAAAUGGAUGCAGGAUACGAGCAAGAAAUCUCCUAUGGAGUUGAUCAAUGAAGUCCCUCCCAUCAAGGUUGAAGGCCGGAUUGUUGCUUGUGAGGGAGACAAUAAUCCUGCAUUGGGACACCCAAUUGAAUUCAUAUGCCUUGACUUGAAAGAGCCCGCUGUAUGCAAGUAUUGUGGUCUGCGCUACGUUCAGAAGCAUCAUCACUAGAACUGCUGUUAUGUUUUUCUCGGGCUGUUGUGAUAUUUGUUAUUUUGCAGCAUUUAUGUGCACUUUUCUCCGUUAAAGCUGUUGGUAACAAAUUUGUUGAACCCAAAUCAAUGUAAUGUUUUUCCCCUUCUUUUUCACAUAAUAAGUGUUUGAAGUUCUCAUUUGAGAAGAUAUUUCCAAAGUAAAUUCGAACCCAUGUGGUCUAAUUUUCCAUUCGUACAACUA